ACGGCAUCAGUGCAUCGGGAGAUCGCAGAAGCGACGGUCGAGAGCCGAAAGAUUCUGUGUAUGGACGCGCUGGUGAGAGGAAGAAGCAGUCUAGAGUCGGUCUGGAUUUUCGUUGGCAAAUUGCCUGAAGGUCUCUGCCUAGCAGCGCGGUGUUUGUUUAUACCGUGUAAAUCGGGUGAAUCGAUUUCACCGGCUGGUUGUUUCUCGUUUCCGAAAUAUCAGCAAAUAUUACUCGGCAACUGUGCGUGUGUCGCAGGUCUGUGUAAAUCCUGAAAUAUAAACAAUCCCGCUUUUCCGUUCGUUCGUUCGUUCGUUCGUUCGCCCCAGUUGAUGUUUGCACAUCGAUAGUCAUAGAUGCAGUGGUGGUGGUGGUGCCCCUGUAGUAUUACCCCCUGAAAACGGGACGCCGUUCGACGAUCGUUCGGGUCGUUCGUCAGUUGUUUUUUUAUUUCCGCGCUCGUGUUUUGUUUCAUUGAAAUCGCGGUGGGUGUUCGUACCUAACAACGAUAAAAACUACAGACCUUCACCGACGCCUGAUAAUUCAGUGAUAAAGUUUUGUUUCCAAUAAUUAAUUGACAACGUUGCACCAAUAUUUUAUAAUAUUAUUAUUCGAAGAAGUAUAAAAAGAAGAAGGGGGGAAAAUGUCCGCGGUGGAGGCUUCGGACGAACUCUAGAACCUUGUUUAACUUUGGGCGAUUAUUCUGUGUGUGAUAUAUCUCUGUACGCAUAGUUUUGCCUGGGCAUCGUCUGACCGACAAAAUAUCGCUGAUAUUUAACAGUUCGAAUUAACGAGGAGAAACAUGGAAGUCAACAUCGAGAGGGAGUGCAGCGCGCUCGGCGGCCUCUUUCAACAAAUCAUUGUCGACAUGAAGAACGGCACACCGUUAUGGGAAGACCUUAUAUCGAAAGCAACAAAACUGCACACCUGCCUGAGGGCCGCGAUUCUAGCGAUAUCCGCAUACUUGGAGGCGUUUCAAAAAAUCGCCGACGCCGCUACGAGUGCCAGAGGAGCUACCAAAGAAAUUGGUACAGCACUGACAAGGAUAUGUCUACGUCACAAGGCAGUCGAGGCUCGUAUGAAAACGUUCACAAGUGCCAUCAUGGAAUGCCUCGUUAUGCCGCUUCAGGAGAAACUCGAAGAUUGGAAGAAAUCGCUCGUCAAUUUGGACAAGGAGCACGCUAAAGAAUACAAAAAAGCAAAAACAGAACUGAAAAAACGUUCGACCGAUACUCUGCGGCUGCAGAAAAAGAAAGCUCGAAAGAUUCACGGACAGGGUCAGGGACAAUGUACCGGCGGUGAUUUGGAAUUGUGUAAACUGCUGGAAUCAUCGGCAGCUGUAGUGAGGGAAAAGCGAAUCAGUCUGGAAGAAACUGAGAGGAAAGCUGUGAGAGCCGCUCUCGUCGAGGAACGUGGUCGUUUUUGUUUACUCGCCAGGUUCCUCAAACCUGUAUUGGACGAGGAAAUCGCUAUGCUUAUGGAGUUGACACACCUUCAAGAAGUAUCCGAUCAAUUGCAAAGGCAUACAGCUUCGCCGAACCACUUACCGCCUGCCUCCGAACAAGUAAUCACGGAUAUUAAGGGAUGCGACACCACACAGUGGUCCCUGACCACGCCACCUUCCAGUCCUUCGCUGUCUUUGGGAUCACGAAAGAGUUCUAUGUGCUCCAUCAGUUCGCUGACCAGCAGCAGCAGCGGCUCGUGCAAAAGUCAUCCAAGUCCUUCCGGACAUCCCUGGCACAGAUCUUUGUCUCAGCCUGUUGGUGUAUCUGUAAGGCCAAUCAGCACAAGUGGGAUGGUCACAAUGCGCCACUUGACCAGUGGAUGUUCACGAGAUUCUGGGUUCACUUCUCAAGAUACUCUAUAUGCUCAACCGAUCACUGAACAUCAGGUAUCCAACGUAUCUUCCCAUAGUAACCAGAGUACUGGAUCAACUACGAUGAGGCCUGUGACAACUUCAACAUGGCCAGAUCUGCAGGAAUCUUCCAUUCAAUUUGACAGGCAAAGCCAAAAUGUGGUCAACGAACGACCGCAUACUAUAUCUUCCGCAUAUGAAAAAGGUCAUCACCAGCGUCCCGCCCUUAGCGUUUAUACCUUCCAAGCACCAGAGGGAACUGUCACAGGCACAACAUGUUGUCACAGUCAACCAGCAUCUCCAGUAUCAUCGUCAUCGUCUUGCUCGUCUUCGAACCAGCAACACAAUAAUUUGCAAAAUCAACAAAAUCGUGUGCAAUUAAGAAAUAACAAGCCACCAAUACCGAGCCGCUGCUCUAGCCUAGAGCGGCCCGUUGUUCCGGCUAAAAAUGAACCGCCGGGAAGUCCCAGAGGAAAACCUAAGCUGCCCUUGCCCGCACACUUAGCCAAAGAAUUGACUUCACAUCAGCUUCAGCAACCGAUGUAUGUUAAUAUGCACGAACUGGCUAACCUCGCUGCUAGUCGUGCCCAAGAAAUGCAACAGCUUCCGCCUCCACCACCACCAACUUCUAGCGCCGUUAGCGAUAAGGCUGAUGCUCCGGAGAAGGAUGGUGGCAGUUUAACUUCUGAGUCCAGUCUGGAGUCCAGCAGUGGUUACGGUAGUCAGACAACUCUUCCUCACGUUCAACAACUUUCCCAAAACCCAUCCCAAGGAGCUGAAGAAGAAAAUACAACCAAUCAACAGGAGAAAGUUACUAUGGACAACGAAGAACGUUCUGGUUUCGAGUGUAUUUUGCGUCAUGAAAAUGCUACCAAUACAUCAUUACGCCGUCCAGUGUCCAUGAGUGCCGCUCUUUCAACGGGCUUAUGUUCUGCGCGACAGCAGAACCAAAAUCACAAUCAAAACAAGAGUGCUACUCUUCUGCCUCGCAGAGGAUCAAUGCAACAAGCUGUAAGGCCUGCUCCUCCGGUCCGGCGCACAUCAACUAUAAUUGGCGGCACAUUUAAUGCACUUAUAAAUAAUCCCAACGCUACAAACAAUGAUGAUAACAAAAAAGAUGUGGCCAGAGAUGAAGCACAUGAUGAAGCUGAUAAUCUUCCACCACCUCCGGCAUUUCUUCUCGAAAGCACUUCUCCGACACCCACGCCGACUCCACAACGAUCGAUAUCGGUGUCGGAGACGGUCCGAACAUUAACUGAGCUUCGUCAUACGCCAGCAAGUCCUUCGUUUCUUAGAAAACUAGCCAGUUCUCAACAAAAUAAUAAUUCUGUAUCCACGACAGUCGCCUCUACAACCGCAACGACUAAUACAUUGAUAAGACGUACUCAAAGUAUAGACCGUACUAGUACAAUUCGGUCACAUUCUCAGGAUCGUAGUUCCGCAUCAUCAUUAACUGGACAACAAAGCCACAGUCAAGUACAAGGUCAAGGACCAGGUGGUGUUGGACAGGGCUUUAUGGCAGUACUAAGCGCUAAAUUAGUCCCAUCUUCUCUGUUGCCUAAUAAUGUAGCCAGUAAUACAAAUGCUAGCAUCAAUAGCGGAAGUCCAAAGACAUCGAGAAGACACUCAGUCGAACAGCAAUCUAACAGAAAUUCCAGAGCUCCCUCGAGCUUCCUUGGUACAUUAAACGCCAAGCUUGCUCAGCAACAACAAGGCGUACAAAAUCAAGGUGUACUCAACACAGCCAGUAGGUCAGCUAGUGUUAGACGCAUAAUGGGUAACAGAAUUCCAAUGGUGGAUCUAGAUCCCCUGCAGGUCAGGGAUUCUUUAAUGGAUCAAAUACGUAGAGGUACCGCUCUGCGCAAAACUAGUGGACCCAUCAAUGAUUGCUCGGCACCAAAAAUUUAUUGAACUUCCAUCUCAUUAAUAUCGAUUUAUGGAUGUAAUAUAAAUGGGUUAACGAACCAAGAAAACGAUAAUCAAAAAUGCAAAACUUGACAUCCCACAUUUAAUAUAUAAUAUGUUAUAUAUAUGUUUUCUUUUCAUAUCUCUUCACUGUUAAUAAAACUUUAUUUUUCAUUUUGCUUAUGUUUUCUAUACAUGUAGUACAGACUUCAUAUCACACAAAUUUUUUUCCUGCUCAAAGUUAGAUUAAUCGUCAUAGAGAGCAAAGUGGCAAACAAAACUCCCUGUUACGAAACCCUCUUAUAAAACCUAUGUAAUGAUUAAUAUUUCAUAUUUAAUAUAGUUCAUUUCGCUACGCCCGAUCGCUGUCUUGUCACCAUCAGAAAAUAGCUCUUAUUAUAUUACUAUUAUUAUUGCUUGAACUCUAAGCCAUGUAUAUUACUUCAAUACUGUUACGGUGACAUUAUCGAUAUACAAUAUUAUUUAUCCAAUGUUAUAUAACUGUACAAUAAUAUACAUAGAGUUUUUAUUUUCAAUAGAAAUUUACAUCAGUACGUUAAGAUUGUUGCCUCUCCUAAAAUCAGAGCAUCGAUAUCCUAUGAGUGCAUUUAGGCAGUGUAGUAGCGACCAUAGUAACAAUUAUAUAUUCAGAAAAUAAAUAUUGCUAAUGAAUACCUUAUAAUUAAUGAUAAUAUACUGAAAAUGGUCAACUGGUAGAACUUGCGGUCUUCGUUAAGAGGUUUCGGGAUAUUUACGAACUAUUUUCAUAUAGAAAGUGGCUUAGAUUUAUUUAUGAAAUGCUAAGAUUGAUGUACAAAUAUACGCAUAGAGCCUCCAUGUCUCUUUUAGAUUCCAUUCAAACCAUUCGAUGAUUUAUUUUUAAAUAUCAACUUGCCGUAGCAAGUUCCGUGGUGCAACGAUUUGAGUUCGCUAUUAGGAACAGAAAUAUUCCGAAAGUUUGAUCCAUCGUUUGUUCUAACACACCUUUAUUCCCAGUACUGCCAAAUCAUUUAUGUUUACCGUUUAAAUGUCAUUAAAGUUUUAUUUUCAGUAUUGUAGUUAUUUCCAGAGGUUUGUGAUUAAAUUCUGAACAAAAAAUGGCGUAACGAAGAAAAGACAGAAUGAAAGAAAAAAAAACAACUCCACAAAAAACAAAACGGACAAUACUAAUCAAUUAAAACGUCUGUACAUUGUUAUUAAUAGAAAACGUGAUAACUGAAACGUCUAGGAUAUAUUAGAAAUGACUAAUUUAAGGUAUUCGCGUUACUGUAGAAUAUAGUGUAGAAAGAAAUAAUAAUAUGCAUAUAGUUCAAUAUAAAGCCAAUUGUUCUUACCCUGUAAUAAUUAUCAUUAUCGUACAUUAUAUAAAGGUCGGCAAUUUCCGUGUAUUAUAAAAGCGAACAAAUAUUCUAUUCUCGCAUUCAAAAUGCUAGUUUUCGAUGCAUUUUUAUUUUCUAGUCGAACCUAAUAUUCUCAGCGUGAACAGAUUGUUCUGUAAUUUCAAUUUGACCGUCUAUUUCAACAGUUUCUGCAUCAUAAGUAUCCCUGUGAGACGGAUAACAUAUGUUAAUCUUAUAUCCAGUAAAUGUUCACGUAAAAUCUUGACUUUUUUAUUUUCUUAUCGACAAUUUAGGUUUGUAAAUAAAUUUUGACUCCUCGAUAAAUUUUAAAAAUUUAUUUUCUACGGUGGUAUCGUUCACACAUAUCGGCACAUCAGUAACGAGAUCUAGUAUAUAUUAUGAAUACGGAAUUCUCGAAAAAACAUUUGUUAAUCAUUAGAUAUUUAAGUUGAAAAAUUUGUUCGCGAAUUAUCAUUGAGACUAUUAUAUAGAGUAUACAAUUGAAUAAUAAUAGACGUUAAGGUAUCGUGUAAGACUGCUAUAAUAAGGUUGGGGGCUUCAAUAUGGAAUAUUAGUCCACAAAUUUUUGUAGAGUUCAACGAUGUAUAAUUGUGUGCAUGUUAGUAGUCAUGAAUACUGUUGUGUAUUACUAUAUACUCAGCGUUGAAAAAAAGAAGAAAAAAAAUUUCAACAAAGAAAUGAUUGAGGAUCGUUCGCCAACACUUAAAACCAUAAUGAAUCAUUCUUACAACAAUAUUGCUGAAGUUAUUUCACAUGAUAAGAAAGUGAAACUUAUUACUCUGAGAAUUGUAAAUAAGUUCUAUCAGUAGGUUCUACACUCAUAAGGUUUGUUGGUUUGAACGUCUUUAUAAGAAACAAAAAUAUGCAACAGAAAAAAGCUGAAACAGAUGGGCUAAAUAGUCGAUUAAAAGUUGUAUGUAAAAAUGUUAUCAUUGCUCGAAGUUUUGUUUUAAUUGUAGUACAAAUUUUUUUUUCAACUCUUCCUGAUUUCAUAGCACAAUCCUUGAGGUCAUGACUACGAAACUGUAUACUUGGUUGAAGCAUAAAAGAAGUUAUUAAUUUAUCGCAGCAUUACUAAGUGCUUCGACGAGUGUGCGCAUUAAAUAUUAUGUAUUUGUAUCAUAUUGUGGAGUAGCUGUUGUUUUCUAUUCUCAUUCUUUAUGGUGUUCGAGAAAAGAGCAAUCCUAUGAAAUAAUACUAUUAACAUUAAUAAUAAUAUGUCUAACUACUAGCACAUAAGUACGUCAAAGUAUUUUGUUGAACAUACAUUUUUUCAUUUAGUAUAAAAAAAAAACAAAAAAAAAAAAAAACAAACAAAAAAACCUGUAAUUUCCUAGA